AUGUACGAAGGUCGUGACAAGCGUUAUAGCGCGGUAUUUGGCCUAAGGCAACAUGUAAUAACGAGGAUGUGCAGAUAGUUAGAAGAAACCAGUGGCGGCUGUGAAAUUCAGUGUUCCUCUACCAGGAAGAAGAUUACAAUGCUUACGUACAGGAAUAUCAAAGAGCUGUCCACGGCGCAUUUAAACUAUGGUGUGAGUGGAUGUAGUUUCAGAAAAGGACAUUUAUCGAUAGGAGAGAUAGAAGAACCCACUGUAGUGAGAAGAUAUCUACAUAAGGAAUCGGGGACAGUUUACGGUGUGGAUAUAGCGUGUGGUGUCCCUGUGCAAGAUAGUCGGGGUGGACGUGGUGUGAUGUAGACAACGUCACUGACAACAUCGUUGGGACUAACACCGAGACAAUGGCCGCUUGGCUUACCGUAUGGAUAUUAUUGUGUGAAUUUAUCGUGCUAGCUUUUGGACAGGCCAAAUACUUUGGAACGUCGCAAAACUACGUGUGUCACUGCCAGGAUGGAUGGGGCAACUUCAAUAUGGUAUUUAUGUUACAGUAAUCCUGAGUCAGUGGAGACUGUGGAAGAAGUGGCUGCCAACCUGGAUGGAUGGGGCCUAGCUGUCAAUAUGUUAAUCACGCGGCUGAGGGGACAGCCUCUCUGUCCUCAGGAACUCCUUCAAAAGUCAAUGAUGGUAGAGAUGAUAUUUGUACGUACACAAAUUAUGAAAGAGAACAUACAGUCGGUGUUUCUUUUACUGACAAACGAUGGAUUACAGAAAUGCAGAUAACUACACAAAGGACUCAAUAUGCCGGAACAAUUGAAAAUGUGGUGGUUGAGGGAGAAGUUGGUGGACAUCAGACAGUUUGUAGUUCGCCUUACUCCAGUAAUGACGGCUUGGUGUUCAACAUUGUGUGCGACAGACCGAUCCUGGCUACUACCAUCACAGCCACGCUUACACUCACUACAUCCUCUUAUGUAUAUGUAUGUGAAGUGCGCCUUAAUGGAGGUAUCAACAUUGCUGUGAAGAAACCAACGAAUCAAACAUCAAACUAUAGCGAAAGUUGGAGGGCAUAUUCGUCGGACCUGGCAGUAGAUGGGAAUACACAGUCGACAUUUGAGGGCAACUCGUGUGCUCACACUAGUGCAGAGUGUGAUACCGAUUAUAGAGUCCACUGGACCCUUAAUCUGGAAGCAUCAUACGUACCUCUGAUGAUAAGGAUAUAUAAUAGAACACCUAAAUCUACCUUCACCCGCCUUCUAUCUGGAUUCAGCCUGCAAGUAGUAUCUAGCGGCAGCACUAUUUGGGAAAACAUCUACACUGAUACAUCCGCGGAUCCAGGGGAGAUCAUUCGUCUUGUCUCCAGCAGCUUCAACUUCAUCCAUCUUCUGAGGGUCACAACACCAAAGUGUCAAACCUUGGCCCUUUGUGAAGUUCAGAUGUUUACAGUUUGUCCUGACUUCCGGUACGGGUUUGACUGCUCCUUGUCAUGUCGCUGUAAGGACCAGGCUGAGGUGUGUGAGAAGAUGACCGGAUCCUGCAGCUCAGGAUGCCCUGCUGGGUUUACUGGGAGGGCCUGCACAGAGGAAUGCCAGAGUGGUUUCUAUGGGGACAACUGUCAACAGGAAUGUAUUCAAUGCUUGGAUAAGAAAUGUGGUAAAGCUGAUGGCCAAUGUACAGAAGGCUGUGCUGCAGGAUGGGUUCCAUCGGGGCAGCCCUGGUGUACAGAAGAAUGCCCCAAUGGAUCCUUUGGCUUGAACUGUGCUUCUCGCUGCCGCUGUCUGAACAGUUCCGAGACAUGUGACAAGAUCAGUGGACACUGUCAAACUGGAUGUGCAGCUGGCUUUACUGGCAGUGGAUGUCAGACACAAUGUUCACAAGGGUGGUUUGGAGUGAAUUGCCAAGAAUCAUGUGGAACGAAUUGUAAAAACAAUGUAUGCGAUGGCGAGACGGGCGUCUGUACCGACGGAUGCGAAGCUGGAUACACCGGAGAUAAGUGCGGUGAACAAUGUCGAGAAGAUUUCUAUGGCGAAAACUGCAGUGAGAAAUGCAGUGAGAACUGUACCCCGAGGUCGGCUGGACGAGCCUGCAGACUAAGGAGCGGCACCUGUCGGUCUGGUUGUCAGCCCGGCUGGACAAGCAGUUAUUGCAACACAAAAUGUCGCCCUGGCUGGUACGGAUCAGGAUGUUACAGCCGAUGUAGCUACAGUUGUCUGAAUAGUAGCUGUCACCAUGUUAAUGGAAGCUGUACAUUCGGCUGUGUGGCCGGCAGACAAGGGGACACUUGCCAGGAUGAUUGUGCGUUGGGUUUUUAUGGCGAAUCCUGCAAAUUCCCCUGCAGUGUUGGCUGCCGAGACAAACAGAGAUGUUAUUCCAGAACAGGGAAUUGCGAGAAUGGCUGUGGACCAGGCUGGCUAGGGGACAAAUGUACAGAAAAGUGCCCUAACGGGACCUUUGGUGAUCGCUGCAGUUCUCGGUGCAACAGCAACUGCAACAGCGGUGUAUGCAACAAUGUAAACGGGGAGUGUUCUCAAGGGUGUGUUCCCGGAUUCAUGGGAUCACAGUGCAAUGACGAAUGUUCGAAUGGAACGUACGGCCCCGGAUGUAGGGAGGAAUGCAGUGAGGGAUGUUUGGAUGGCAUAUGCGGCGGGUCGGACGGGAAAUGCCAGUGUUACGACGGCUGGCGGGGAGACAGGUGCCAUUUAGACUGUGAGCCGGGGUUCUAUGGUAGCGCCUGUGCAGUGUCUUGCAGUCCGAACUGUGCAGGGUCAGUGUGUGGCAGGUCGACCGGACUGUGCUCCAGCUGCCAGUCAGGGUGGACAGGAGAAACAUGCCAGCAAGCUGAGGGUAUGGGGAUACCUGCUAUAGCUGGGAUCGCUGUAGCUGCCCUUCUCAUCAUUCUCCUUGCAGUCAUCAUCGCGGUCGUUUUAGUCAGACGGAAAUCUGGACGUAAAGAAGAACAAGGUGUUCGGGAUGACAACACUCCCGCCGCCACAAGCCACUCAGUUAAAAUGAUAACAAUCAACAAAUCCUCAAAUGCGACAACCUCCAAGAAAGAGGGGUCAUCCCAGAUUUCCCUCCUGGGAACAGCAACUGAAAACAACGUGGACGGUGCUGGCGAGGUGUACUACAACAUAGCAUCUACAUCCCGAUCAGCUACAGCAGUGUCCUUAGUGGACUUCCCAGAGUACGUCCGAAAGUGGCGGUCACAGAAACAACACCUUUUUGACGAAUUUCAGAAACUUCCGAAGGAUCUUAUCAACGACCACAGUAUCGCCUUUGCUGCUCACAACAUCAAGAAAAACAGAUACAAGAACAUAUGUGCAUUUGACCACUCGAGGGUAGUUUUGCAGACUGACCCCCAGGACCCCGGGGUUGGGGACUACAUCAACGCUUGCUACAUCGAUACCCCAAAGAAGAAGAAAGCAUUCAUCGCAGCACAAGGUCCGAACGAACCCAUUCUCAACGAUUUUGUACGGAUGUUGUGGGAGCAUGACGUUACGCGAGUUGUCAUGCUGACGAAUCUAUUUGAGGAGGGGAAGCAAAAAUGCAACCAGUACUGGCCUGACAAGGGCGAUCAGAUGUUUGGGAAGGUAUCCGUCAGCAUUAGAGACACACAACAACAUGCUGACUAUACCAUCCGGAAGUUCGCCUUAAAAAAAGACGGAUGCAAAGCACGAUCAGUGACACAGUACCACUACACGGCGUGGCCAGACAAGGGGGUACCGAGGUCACCUUGGUCCCUCCUCGACUUUCGGGACAAGGUGAUGAACUUCCGGACGGCCAGUGAUAGUCCUGUCGUCGUCCACUGCAGCGCAGGGAUAGGACGAACGGGUACAUUUAUAGCUCUCCAGUAUCUGAAGGAGGAGGCGGAACUCAGCGCCUUGCAGGAUGUGUACACGUGCGUAUGGAACCUCCGACAUCAACGUGUCAAUAUGGUGCAAACCAAGAACCAAUACGUCUUCAUUCACGAGGCAGCUCUGGUCUCUUUGAUAUUAACGAAAAGUGUGUUCACAGUGAACGAGUUCCGUCAAAAGUACGACAGUCUUGUCAACGACCAACAACGUUUACAGAAGGAGUUUCAGACCCUGCAAGGCUACCCGGUCUGUGACACUGAAGGGGAAUACAACAGAGCACUGAACAACAGUGAAAAGAACAGAUGCGAUACGAUAUUAGCAGGAGAUUCGUCUCGAGCAAUCCUGAUGCCACGCGCAGAAUACGACGACAUGGGCGGCACGUACAUCAACGCCGUCUUCCUACCUGGCUUCGAGAAAACUAAGAAGUUCCUCCAAACCCAAACUCCCCUGACGAACACAGUGUUCGACUUCUGGCGGAUGGUGUCCGACUACUUGGUGACAAGGAUCAUCAUGCUAGAUGACUACACAGCCAACGAUGAGGAUGCUGCUGUGUACUGGCCUGAUGUACAUACGCCACUGGAACUCGGGCCGUUUCAGCUGAAAUGUUUAAACACUUCACAAAACAGUGAAAUCGUCUUUCGACAGCUGGAACUCAAAGAGGACGAUUACGUCACUAAGAUUGCUCACUACACCGUCAAGUUCUGGCCCGAGGGAGGCCUGCCUUCAACAGAUUCACUGCUGCAAUUGAUGCAGAUGUCGGGAGUCACGACCAACCAAAAAGAAACUCCUAUAAUCGUACACUGCAGAUCCGGAGCCCAGAGAAGCGGACUGUUCUGUGCGGUGGCAACCAUGUUAGAACGAGCGCAGGUUGACCUGACUGUUGCUGUUCCCGUCGUUGUUGGAAAUAACAAGGCAAUCAGGAAACACAAUAUCACUGAUGUGUCCCAGUACACGCUGUGCUACAAGAUUCUUGCUGAACACGUGGCAUCAGAAGCAGUCUAUUCCAACAACGGUGUAGAUGACAGCGCAGAUGUUGUCGAUGAAGAGGGCGAUGCAAAUGUAUACUCUAACAUAGAAGAAGCGAUCUACUCCAACCAGUGACGGGACGGAAGCUACUGUUACACGGAACAUGUUAGAACCUCAAUACCACCUGAAAGUAACAGUAAAAUAUAAGAUAUAUGUUAUAUUGGGAUUACGCUUUCUUAGUAAAGUUGCAUGUCCUUUUGUUGGGUUGAGUCCCAUCCGGGAUUCGAACCCACACUCUCAGAGUCAGGCACCUAAUCGUCAGCACACAAAGCCAGCCGCCUAAUCCGCUCUUUAUUAAGAAAGUGUAAUCCUAAAUGUAACAUAGGUUAUAUUUGACCACUAUUUAAAUAGCAUUGUGUUAUAACAGUAAAAUAGUUCAUCUGAGUUGGAUCCGUCGCUGUAUCACGAUGUUAUAUAUCGCUUAUAUUGUGUGCCACUUGCAAUCCGAUCUUGUUACAAAUGUCAUUUGUCGGGAGUGCAAUCUACUUAUGACAUGAAUAUGUUUCGAAAAUUGACAUAUAUUUUUGGCAAGCACCAUUGUUGAUAUAUUUUAAUUUAAAGAAUACUCGAUGCUUUGAGCAGAUGCGGGUCAACUGGAUUUCCAUUGUGCUGAACAAACUGCAUCAAGAAACCAAAGGUCCGGCUGUGGUUGUUCGUCAAACAUAAUGUAUAAGUUAACGUUUACAGUAUUUAUGAAAUUGUACUCGAGUAUAACAAGUGAUAAUUUUAUUAUAACAUGUUUAAUCUAGACAUGUCACAUUAAUGUGAUGUUAAUAAAUUCAUGCAGUAGUAGGAUCUUAGACAAUUAGGGCAUCACUUACAACACACUUUCAGGUUUUGCAUGAGUAUUGUUAUGUUUUGGGUGUGAGUUGCAUACACACGUCAUUUUAACACGUGCAGUGUAGUUCAUGAACUCAUGUUAGCAGCUGAAACCAUUAAGGACCUCUCAAAGAACAUUGUUUGUAUUAAUAGGAAGAAUCAUCGAGUCACAUGUUAUAUUUGGGAUUACACUUUCUCAAUACGGUACAAAUUCUAGUACGUUUGGGUUGAGUCACACCCGGGAUUGGGGCGGAGGGGUAGCCUGAUGGUUAAAGUGUUUACUCGUCACGUAGAAUACCCGGGUUCGAUUCCCCACAUGGGUACAAUGUGUGCAGCCCAUUUCUGAUAUAUUGCUGGAAUAGUGCUGAAAGCGGCGUAAAACCACACUCAAUCACCGACAUCCGGGAUUAGUAGCUAUACCAUGAGUCAGGCACCCAAUCACAAGCACACAAAGUCAGCCAUCUAUCCCACUUUGCCACCUCUCACCCAAACCUAAGCCUAACUUGUGGUAUUCUGGACCACGUAGAUCGUGUAAUGAGUGUAAAUCGUCACGUUUCCCUCAUCGAGAUAUUACAUUGCACGACGAUCUUGUGUAUCUGGACAUGGUCUCACCUUCCGCUAUAGGCUCAGAUAAUUUGUGAUUGUGCCUUGUAAAAGCGGGAUUCCUUAUUCAAGAUUACAUCUCACCAUAUUUACAUGAACUGGCCGAGAAAACAAACUGUAUUGACUUGAGAUGACCUAGUUUAAGGUUUUCGUUAUCAUGUUGACUGUUGUAUUCCUCGAGUCAUAAUGUCAUGACCACGCACCAUAGCUUCUCUUUUAAUUUCCUUUUAGACUGGUGUUUGGUAUUUCUAACGUCACUAUGCAAUACUGCCGCUGUGAUACAAACUUUUAAUCGCUCGUCCUCUCUUGUAUAUAGUAUUUGCCGGACACGUGUGUCCUUUAUGACAUAGUUUGCUUUGCGCCCUCGUCGUCGCUUACACAAAGUACUGUAAUACUUUAUAAUUAUCUGUUAACCAAUCGUUGCCUGAUGUACAUGUGAUCUACUUUACCCUCACCUUUACACGUCAACAUGCCACUCAUAUCGUUCCUUUCUCAGGAUAGUAUGUCAAACAUUGUUCAAUACUUCUGAAUGUGUAUAUAUACAUAUAUAGUACAUGGCCAUGGUGCAUGUUUGAGUCUGUUAACGGGAACAAACUGUUCGAGUCAAUCUCCGUGUAAAGCUUAUUUAUGGAAUAAAUCUUUUUUUUCAUA